AUGAGUGAGGGUGAAUCACCUCCGCUGGAACCGCAAACAGGUGUCGACACUGGUGCUAAAUGCCGAGGCAAAAAAGAUCCAGCAUGGCACUAUUGUACGAUUGAUGAUAGUGGCGGGUCAAAAAAAAUCAUAUGUGAUUUUAGUCGAAUGACAAUUCGUGGUGGAGGAGUUCAUCGAAUGAAAGAACAUCUCGCUGGAUUAUCUGAGAUUCAAAAUGAUAAAGGCAAAAGAGUUGAUAACAAGAGAAAGAAAAUCAGUAGUGAUAUAAAAGAUUUCAUGAAACCUGGAGCACAAAUUGAUGCAUCUCAGCCUAGUAUAAAAGCAUGCAUUCAAAGUAAGGCACGUUGGAAAGAAACUGAUAUGUCCUUGGCUUCAUGGUUUUAUGAUGCUUGCAUUCCUUUAAAUGCUGUGAAUUCACCUCAUUAUCAACAUGCAAUUAAUAUGGUAGCAAGUAUGGGACAUGGGUAUAUAGGACCCAAUUAUCAUGCUUUAAGAGUCUCGUUGCUGAAAGAAGCCAAAUUCUUUGUCCAGAAUGCUGGUGUGUCCUUCAUAAAGUCUGUAGAUAUAUCUGGCAUAGAAGCAAAUGCAGAAAAUUUGUGCAAUUUGUUUGCUGAAUUUGUUGAGAUUGUUGAAGCUGAAAAUAUAGUGCAUAUGGUUACUGAUAAUGCUCCAAACUAUAAAAAUGUUGGUUCUUUGCUGAAUGAAAGAUAUCCUACAGUAACUUGGUCUACGUGUGGAGCUCAUUGCAUCAAUUUAAUAAUGAAGGACAUGACAAAAUUGUCUAUGGUACAUGAUUUGAUUACACUUGCAUCUAGGGUUACUGUGUUUGUUUAUAAUCAUAAGUGGCCUCUUAAUUGGUUGAGAAAUAGGCUAGGUUGGACAGAAAUUAUCCGCCCAGGUGAUACCCGUUUUGGUACCUGUUUCAUAGCAUUGAAGAGUCUUCAUGAUCACAAAGAGCAUUUGCAAGCUUUAGUUACAAGUUCAGAUUUCAAAAAAUAUCUGAAAGUAGCUAAAGCUAAAAAGGUCAAACAGAUUGUAUUGGAUGAGCAGUUAUGGAAUAAUUGCUUAAUUAUUUCCAAGAUUAUGGGUCCAAUUAUGAGAUUGUUGCGCAUAUGUGACUCAGAUGAGAAACCUUCAUUAGGUUAUGUAUAUGAGGGCAUGUGGAGGGUUAUUAAAGGGGUGAAAGAGUUGUUCAAAAAUAAGGAGAGGUUGUAUGGGAAGUUUGUUGACAUUAUUGAAUCAAGAUGGGAUAAAAUGUUGAGGAAAAACCUCCAUGCAGCUGCAUUUUGGUUGAAUCCAGCUUUUCAGUACGAUCCUGAAAGCCCUACUAGUAGUUCAGAGGUGACAAGAGGAUUGCUUGAUAUCCUUGACCUUAUGGUCCCUGGUGCAGAAGAUUUGAUGGGGGAAAUGAAUACUUUUCAUGAAAGAAGGGAAGAUGAAUGGUGGAGAACUUUUGGAUUUGAUGCACCAAAUCUUCAAAAGGUGGCUGUUAAACUCUUGAGUCAGACAUCUUCCUCUUCCGGAUGUGAACGCAAUUGGAAUGUGUUUGAAAGAAUUCACACAAAGAAAAGGAAUAGAUUGGAGCAUCAAAGGCUUAAUGACCUUGUCUUUGUUCACUACAACUUGCGUUUAAAGAAUCAUCUUGGCUCAAAGAAAAGACUUUAUGAUCCAAUUGAUUAUGAGUGUAUUGACAAAGUUGAGUUUUGGGUGACUGAUGAAAAUCCCAAUGAAGAACUUGUGUAUGAGGAAUUGGAGGAAAUAUUAGAGGAAGAACAACCAAAAGGCAAUGGAGAUGAUGUUAUGAGGAUUAAUGAUGAUGAAGAAGUUGAUUUGUCAAGAUUUGAUGUUAUAAGGAUUACUAAUGAUGAAGAAGUUGAUUUGCCAGGAUUUGGUGAUAGUGAUGGAGCUACUGAUGGUAUUCGAGUUGGAAAUGAGAGUGAUGGAGAUGAUUAG